AUGGGUGUUCCUUCAAACUUUGAUGACGAAGAUGAUGAUGGUAUGGAUUUCCCGGAGGUGGCGGGAAAUCCGGUUAUGGGAUCUAGUUUAGGAUCUUCUAACAAAUCAACUAAAGGUCCUAUGGAUUUGUAUUUUAAUAAAAAGGAACACCAAAGUUUGAAAAGGGCAAAAGGCGGCGAGCAAGUAACAUUGGAGGCAUGUAAGAAGGAGUUGAGGGAAAGGGCUAUGGUGCAAUUUUCACGGUGGAUGUACGAGGCCGGAUUACCAUUUAAUUGUGUUCAAUACACUAAAAGCUUACAAGGCUUUAUUGAGUGUGUUGCACAACAUGGACCGGGAAUGAAGCCACCUUCCUAUCAUGAAGUUAGAGUGCCAUAUCUUAAGAAAGAGGUUGAGCAUGUUAAGGAGUUGUUCAAGUCACAUCAGGAGACAUGCGAUUCGGUAGAUGUUAGCACGAACAUGGUGGAUGCUAAGAAAAUGCUUGAGCUCUUUGAAACUUUUGUCAAUCAAGUGGGGAAGGACAAAGUUGUGCAAGUCAUAUCUGACAAUGCUUCAGAGAAUGUGAGAGCUGGCAAGGAUUUAAUGGAGUUGUACCCGACAUUGUACUGGACGCCUUGCGCUGCCCAUUGCAUCAAUUUAAUGUUUAAAGACAUCUUUGAAAUUCGUCAUUUUUCAGUGGCGUACAAGCGGGCUUUGAAAUUAUCGGUGUAUAUCCAUUCAAAGACAAAGCUUUUGAAUUGGUUGAGGAAGUAUACUAGGAAGCGUGACUUGGUCAAGUUUGCUAAGACUCGGUUUGCUACAGCAUUCUUGACAUUCAAGAGGCUUCACGAGCAGAAAAACAAUUUGAGAAAAUUGUUCAACUCAGAAGAAUUCCCCACUAGCUCUUACUUCAAAGAAGAGGCAGGAAAAGAGUGUUCUAGAAUUGUGCAAAUGCCAAGCUUUUGGAAUACAAUUCUAGAAGCACUUAAAAUAGGCGGUCCAUUGAUUAGCACUCUUCGAUUAGUUGAUGGGGAUGUUAAGCCAUCAAUGGGAUAUAUUUAUCCUGCGAUGGAGAUCACAAAGAAAGCAAUUGAAAAAGCUUUCGACAACAACACAAGCAAGUACAAGAAGGUAUUUGAGAUCAUAGACAGAAGGUGGACUUCCCAACUUCGUCAACCAUUGCAUGCAGGUGCGUAUUACCUGAAUCCAGAUUACUUCCGGUAUAGGAGUGAGCAAAAGGUUUCUCCUUCAAUUCAUUCGCCAGAAGUUGUUGCUGGCUUUUAUUCUUGUUUGGAGAGGUUGGUUCCAGAUCAAGAUCUGCAGGAAAAAAUUACCGAGGAAGUAUCUAUGUGGGAAGUUGGCGAGGGUUUAUUUGGCUUGCCAGUUGCAAAGAAGCAACGUGGUUCUAGAACUCCAGGUUCUUACUUCUUAAACGAUUAA